AUGGGCAAGGUUCGAGUUGAUGUGUUGUUUGGUGGCCGCGACAAUUGCCGCGUUGAGAACCUCCUGUUCGAAGUGGUUGAUCUCGACAGCCCGUACCAUGCGCUGUUGGGGAGGCCGGCAUUGGCCAAAUUCAUGGCCUCCACGCACACGGCUUACCUCAAGAUGAAGAUGCCGACACCCAAUGGACCACUAACUGUGGUGGGAAACUACAAAGUGUCGCUGGAGACAGCGUCUGCCGGAUCAAACCUAGCCGAAUCGCUAUUGAUUGCGGAAGAAAAGAAGAGGAUUCCAACCGCAGUUGCGCUCACCCAGUCGUCCCAAGAAAACUUAGCGGCGAUAAACGGCCAGCUCAGCGGACCGGCAUUCAAGCCGACGGAAGGAACCAAGGACAUCGUGCUGGAUCCGGCUCACCCAGAGCGCACCAUCCGCAUCGGCUCCGGCCUUAACCAGGAAUAG